AUGGCCACCAUCACAAGAGCAGCCCGCAUCCCCAAACUCCUCAAAGCAGCCAACACGCUCCAGAUCCCAACGUACGUGACAACCCAAAACCGGGCCAAACUCGGCGACACGGUUUCUGAGCUGCAACCCCACCUCUCGUCCCCGAAUGUAAAGGCCAAUGUCGACAAGACCUUGUUCUCGAUGAUCACCCCGGAGAUCGAGGCCAAGCUACCCAAGGUUUCUGCGGGAGAAACGGGCCUUGAUGUUAUUAUCGUCGGGAUUGAGACGCAUAUCUGUGUUACGCAGACGACGCUGGAUUUGUUGGAGAGGGGUCAUCGGGUGUAUGUUAUUGUGGAUGGGGUGAGUAGUGUCAAUAGCGAGGAGAGGGGGAUUGCGUUGGCGAGGUUGAGGGAUGCUGGGGCCGUCGUGACCAGUAGUGAGAGUGUGUUGUUUGAGGUUUUGGGGGAUGCGGGCCAUCGUGGGUUUAGAGCUGUUAGUGGGCUGGUUAAGGAGACGAAGGAGGAGACGAAGGGGGCUUUGGAGGUUUUCUCGAAGAUUUAA